AUGUCGUGCCACUCCAUUCGGCCAGGCUACAGAAGUGGCAGUCGGCGCUUUAGCUCGUGCAUGGCUGUCAUCCCCCGGACAGUGACCCUCUGUGCAGUGAGCAAGGGACCCUGCCGGCCUGGGGGUGGUGCGGGCCUCCGAGCCCUGGCCUGCCUCAGCUCACGGAGCCUGUGCAACAUGGGCUUCGGGAGGCCCCGGGUCGCCUACAGGUGCGGCUUGCCUGGCUUCGGGUACCAAGUGGGGGGCUCCUGUGGGCCUUCUCCCUGCAUCACCGCCGUCACCAUCAAUGAGAACCUGCUGGUGACACUCGAGCUGGAGAUUGAUCCAACCGUACAAAGGGUGAAGAGGGAUGAGAAGGAGCAGAUCAAGUGCCUCAACAACCGCUUUGCAUGCUUCAUCAAGAAGGUGAGGUUUCUGGAGCAACAGAACAAGCUACUAGAGACCAAAUGGAACUUCCUACAGCAGCAGAGGUGCUGCCAGAGCAACAUCGAGCCCAUCUUCGAGACUUACACUUACGCUCUCCAGAAGCAGCUGGACUGUGUGGCUGGGGACCCAACGAGGCUGGAGUCAGAGCUCUGUAGCCUCCAGGAAGUGCUGGAAGGCUACAAGAAAAAAUAUGAGGAGGAGCGCUCCCUGUGACCCUGUGCCGAGAAUGAGUUUGUCGCCUUGAAGAAGGAUGUGGACACAGCGUUCCUGAUGAAGGCUGACCUGGAGACAAACGUGGAGGCUCUGCUCCAGGAGAUCGACUUCCUGAGAGGCCUGUAUGAGGAGGAGAUCUGCCUGCUCCAGUCUCAGAUCUCAGAGACCUCGGUCAUUGUGAAGAUGGACAAUAGCAGGGAGCUGGACAUGGACAGCGUCAUCGCCAAGAUCAAGGCCCAGUAUGACGACAUCGCCAGCCGCAGCAAAGCUGAAGUGGAGGCCUGGUACCAGUGCCGGUUUGAGGAGCUGAAGAUGACAGCUGGGAACCACUGUGACAACCUCCGCAACUGCAAGAAUGAGAUCCUGGAAAUGAACAAGCUGAUUCAACGGCUGCAGCAAGAAAUUGAGAAUGUCAAAGCCCAGUGCUGCAAACUUGAGGGUGCCAUAACCGAGGCAGAGCAGCAGGGUGAGGCGGCCCUCAGCGAUGCCAAGUGCAAGCUGGCCGGGCUGGAGGAGGCCCUACAGAAGGCCAAGCAGAACAUGGCUUGCCUGCUCAAGGAGUACUAGGAGGUGAUGAACUCCAAGCUGGGCCUGGACAUCAAGAUCGCCACCUACAGGCGCCUGCUGGAGGGCGAGGAGCACAGGCUGUGUGAAGGUAUCGGGCCAGUGAAUAUCUCCGUGAGCAGCUCCAAAGGCGCUGUCCUGUACGAUCCCUGUGUAGUCAGCAGACCCAUGCUGAGGACCGAGUACUGCCUGGGGGGCACCAGCAUCCUGCAGAGCAGUGGGGGCUGCAGCAUCAUGGGCACUGGUGAACUCUAUAUCCCCUGCAAGCCCCAGGGAAUACUGGGCUGGGGGAGCGGGCGCAGCUCCAGCAUGAAGCUGGGGGCUGGGGGCUCCGCCAGCCACAAGUGUUAG